AUGACCGAUUCAAAAUACUUUACCACUACAAAAAAAGGAGAGAUUUUUGAAUUGAAAAAUGAGUUGAAUUCUGAUAAGAAAGAGAAGAAACGCGAAGCAGUUAAAAAAGUUAUUGCCAGCAUGACAGUUGGAAAAGAUGUCAGUGCAUUAUUUCCGGAUGUUGUGAAUUGUAUGCAGACAGAUAAUGUUGAAUUAAAAAAGCUUGUCUAUCUCUAUUUAAUGAAUUAUGCAAAAAGUCAACCCGAUUUGGCAAUUAUGGCUGUUAAUACUUUUGUUAAGGAUUGUGAAGAUCCAAAUCCUCUCAUUCGUGCUUUAGCUGUUCGAACUAUGGGUUGCAUACGUGUAGAUAAGAUAACAGAAUAUUUAUGCGAACCGCUUCGCAAGUGUAUGAAAGAUGAAGAUCCAUAUGUUCGUAAGACUGCUGCAGUUUGUGUUGCGAAACUGCAUGAUAUUAACGCAUCUUUAGUUGAAGAUCAAGGUUUUGUGGAAUUGUUAAAUGAUCUUUUAAGUGAUUCGAAUCCAAUGGUUGUUGCAAAUGCUGUAGCUGCUCUCACUGAAAUUAAUGAAUCUCGAGUGCUUAUUGAAAUAAACUCACAAACAAUUAAUAAAUUGUUAACUGCAUUAAAUGAAUGUACCGAAUGGGGUCAAGUUAUCUCAUGCUUCAUUGGUGGUUUGGAAUUGCAAUCGUACGGUUCUGAAUGUAUUCCAGUUAUUUCUGGGAUGUGA